GGCGUGGGUUCGAAUCCCACCGCUGCCACAAUUUUUAUUUUACUUUUUCCCUAUUUUGUUGGGUAGACUGACAGCGCCACCUACUGACCCUGUCACUAGACAGGCAGCUCGAUGCAUUGUGGGUAAGAGGAGCCGCUCCCCACGUGUCUGCAUUACAAGCAGUAUGGCUGCUGCCUGAGGUCUGACCGGGGAGCUGUGUACACACCGGGAGCCGUGUGCGGAAGGUUUUAUUGUUCUGUCCGGAGUCAAGUGGAAGCUGUUGCAGGGUGUUGGCGGGUGUGACAGUAGUAUGGAAAAUGAGGACGACGACCCGAUUAUACAAGAGCUCGAUGUUUAUCUGGCCAAGAGCCUGGCAGAGAAGCUGUACUUAUUCCAGUACCCAAUACGACCUUCAAUGAUGAACUAUGAUGGUGUCCCACAUCUCUCAGCAAGGAUUAAACCAAAGCAACAAAAGGUGGAGCUGGACAUGGCCGUUAACACGAUGAGUCCAAAUUACUGUCGUAGUAAAGGCGAGCAGAUUGCGCUGAAUGUCGAUGGCACCUGCAACGAUGAGACCAGCACCUACUCCUCAAAACUUAUGGACAAGCAGACCUUCUCUUCCAUUCAAGCUGCAAGCAACACAUCUCGCUAUGCGGUAGCAUUUUAUCGAAAAGGUGAAAUUCACGUAACUCCUCUUCACGGGAUCUUGCAGAUGCGGCCCAGUUUCACUUACUUAGACAAAGCAGAUACCAAAUAUCGAGAGCGAGAAGCUGCAAAUGACGCUGGUGAUUCAUCUCAAGAUGAAGGUGAGGAUGACGUCAAGCAAGUCACUGUACGUUUUUCCCGCCCAGAAUCUGAGCAGGCCAAGCAGAGGAGGGCUCAGUCCUAUGAGUUUUUGCAGAAGAAGCAAGCUGAGGAAUCCUGGGUGCAUCUUCAUUACUGUGGGAUUAAGGACAGUCGAUCAGAACAUGAAAGACAGUAUUUGCUUUGCCAAAAUCAAACAAUGACUGAAAACCAAGAACUAAUGAAAUCCCCCAGUGAGUAUCUACAGAUGCUGAUGCCUGUGAAUGUUGAGGAAGAAUGUGAAAAGCCUUUAGCUCCAAGCAAUGUGUUAUCAAUGGCUCAAUUGAGGACUUUGCCACUGGCUGAUCAAAUCAAGAUCUUGAUGAAAAAUGUUAAGGUUAUACCGUUUGCAAAUCUCAUGGGUUUGAUGGCUGCCGGAACAGAAUCUAUUGCAGUUCUGCGCUGCAUACAGCAGGUGGCGAUGUUGGUGCAGGGAAACUGGGUGGUUAAGAGCGAUGUGAUGUAUCCGAAAGAGUCGUCCAGUCCUCACAGUGGGGUCUCCGCUGAAGUUCUGUGUCGAGGAAGAGAUUUUGUUAUGUGGAAGUUCACACAAGGUCGCUGGGUGGUGAGAAAAGAGGUAGCGACGGUGACAAAGCUCUGCCAAGAAGAUGUAAAGGAAUUCCUUGACCAGAUAGCCAUACCCAGAAUUAACAAAGGCUGGGAGUUUAUGCUGCCGUUUGAUGAAGAUUUUAUAAAGAAGCAUCCAGAUGUUGUCCAGAGACAGUCUAUGCUAUGGAAAGGUAUACAGUCCAAGUUAGAGAAAGUGUUCAAUUUAUCAAAAGAAGAUCUGAUGUCUAAGAAGACAGACACUACUUCAGCAGCUUCAUCCACUGUGAUCCCCGGGGACCAAACGUUGAACAGAGCCAGAGCCAAAGCCAAGGAGAACCAGGCACGGUUGGAAAAGGAUUUGCAGAAGAAGAAAGAGCAGGCCAAACUGAGUUCCAGCGUGACUGUGGUGGCGGACGUUCACAUCAAAGAAGAGCCUAUGAGUGACGAUGAAAGCAUGGACACCUCCACGUAUGAGAGCUUUAAUAAUGGCAUGGUCAAUGGUGUCCAUGUAGAUGAGAACUCCAAAGAGUCGUUGAAUGGAGAUAAAGAUCCUGUUGCAAGAGAACUGAUGGAGUUUGUGCAGUCUACAUUUAGGAGACAGUACGUUUUGACUAUGAGUGAACUUAAGCGGUUAUUUAAUCUUCAUUUAGCCAGUCUUCCUCCUGGACAUACUCUCUUUAGCGGCAUCUCCGACAAAAUGCUGCAGGAAACGGUUUUAAACUCUGGCUGUAAGCAGAUCAUGGUGCCUUUUCCUCCUCAGAGCACUGCUACACCCGAGGAACAAAAAGUGUUUGCACUCUGGACCUGUGGGGACACACAUGACAAGGAAAGACAGGCACUGCUGGAACUGUUCUCCAAGGGCCACAGGCUGCGCAGGAACAUGAUCCAGACCGGGAUGAGCCAGGAGUUUGGAGAAAGUCUCAGUAAGCAGCAGCUGGACAAGGUUCUGAAGGACUGUUGCGUGUGUUAUGGAGGUAUGUGGUAUCUUAAAGGAACGGUACAGUCCUGAUAAUUCCAGGCAGCUGGCAGUAGAUGAAGAACACAGUGGCCUAAGCACAGAUCCUAUCUGUUCCGGUUUAUGCCCUUUGGGGCCCUUGCACCAUCACACAACAGUUACCAAAGGCACGGGAUGCAGUUCACCCUAUGGUCUGUGGAAGGAAGACUGUUCCAAGGAAGACAGCUGCUCUUUUGAGGUCUUAACGUUCGCUUUUAACUCUCUUGAUCUCUAACCUCACAUUGAUAUGCACGCCCAGUUGAGUGAGUUUUUGGGUUCACACAUGUGCCAACGUCAUAAUCCGAACCAUGUUCACCAACCUUAUGUUGACUGCAAUAGAAGCCUGAAUCAAGGAGACGUGUGCAUGCUUCUCCACCAUAGUGGAUAUCUUGUGAGGAAUGGCUGCACUGCUGCCUCUGGCAGCCGCUGUGAUGGUCACAUACUGGCAGCAGAAAAGAACCAAUAUGGAAAUGGAACUAGUGACCUCACGUGGGAAUGAGGUACCGUGUGAAGUCACUGGUUCCUGAUGAUAUGAGAAUUGGCAAGCACACAAUAAAGGAGACUAGGCCUGCAGAAAGCUCUAUUACCUGGUGGUUUUCUUUCUUGCCUUUUGUUCUUCAUAGUCCUAUUUGUUUUUUGUUAGAUUUACAAUCAAUUGUUCAUUUUUAGGGUUAACAGAAUAGAUACAUUUAAUUUAAAUUAACUUAAUUUAACUCUCCUGUGUAGGAGGAGUGGACUGCCAGAAGCAGAAGGACCAUUAUCUUGGAUGAUAUGCACUGUGUAGCCUCCUAUAUUUCGUUUCAGCUUUUUUUUUUUUUUUUACUUUGGUUAAAGGGGUACUCCGCUCCCCAGCAUCCGGAAGUUUAUUGUUUAGAACGCUGUGUGUGGGCUUCCGU